AUGGCUUCAGCUGUACUGCCACUCGCUGCAUCCACCGUGCCACCUCUCUCAGAAGCUACCGUCUUCCCCUUUACCUUCGCCUCCUCACGGCCAAUGGCUCAGGGUGCCUGGGCCGUAUCAACAAGGCAGGAGGCUGGCGUGUGUGCCAUGAGUUAUUCAGAGCAGGAGUCUCACGACCAACUUCAUCGAGAUGCGCUUGCCAAUGGUGUUGCCCUUCGCGACAUCACCCCCUCCCUCUCCAACAGUCCGGAAUUGGACGACGGGGAUAUGGAUGACGACGAUGAAGGGAGCCUUUCGGAUGACGACUAUGAAGGGAACCUGUCGGACAAUUGCGAUGGCCGUGAUGCGCGCAGGCUCGACGACGGCGAUGAAGUAAAUGAAUCGGAUCUGGACGAUGGGACCAGUGACGAAGAGGACGGAGUUGAUCACGAAGAAACAGAUCAGACUGAGUUCUCCGUCGUGGAACGGCCAUCAAGGCGUGUCACGCGAAAGAAAUCUUUCCAGAAGCGCGCGAACAAAGGUGCCAAUCCUGUCAAUGUCGGAGAAGACCGCUACGACAGCGCAGCUCUAGCUGGUACCCGUCAUCAUGCCAGGGACGUUCAACAAGGGAAAAUUGCCCCUUCGACGGGGCAGGCUCCGAUCAGCAAUGAUGGCGGACCGCUCCGGAGAAAGCGGAAGGCCGAGUCCAACCUCGUCGCUAGCACUCGCAAGCGAACGCGGGGAGCGAAUGAGUAUGAAUCUACUCCUGAAACAGGCGCGGUGAUAACUUCAGCGGAGGGGGACGAAGGAUCCUCAGAGUGCGCCCCCAUCCCCUGUCUGUGGAAAGACUGCGGCGUUAUCAUGGAACCUACCACGAAGUCUAUAAAGGGGCAUCUCAUAUCUCACGUCCCCAGAUGCGACUCGACGGAAAAGGUGACUUGUCAAUGGGGUGCAGCGUGUGCCCCGUUCAAAGGCGAAACUGGCCAUCGCAAGGUGCAGCGCCGCUCUUUUCUCAAGCACCUGCUAAGCCACGCAGAGAUAAAAGCCGUUUUAAAACAUCAGUGCCCGUUGUGUGGCUCGCCCUUCGCGCGCAAAGACGAAAUCGCUCGUCAUCAGCUGGCGAAGCCCAACUGUGCGUCUGGAGAACGGAAACGCAAGGACACGAAAUGCAAGGGGAAGAAGAACGGGCGCAAGUGA